GACCACCUUCAAAGAAGUCUGGAAAAAGAAAGAAAGAUCACUGCAGUGUGGAAUGUGGCAGAGAAUUCUCUAACAGGAGUGCUCUUCAGAAACACAUGAGAGUUCACACCGGAGAGAAGACAUAUUGCUGUAAUGAAUGUGGCAAGCAGUUUUCACAUAAAGGCAAUCUUCAGAAACACACGAGAGUUCACACCGGAGAGAAGCCGUAUUGCUGUAAUGAAUGUGGUAAACCGUUUUCACAUAAAUGCAAUCUUCAGAUACACAUGAAAGUUCACACGGGAGAGAAGGCAUGUUGCUGUAAUGAAUGUGGUAAACAGUUUUCACAUAAAGGCAAUCUUCAGAAACACAUGAGAGUUCACACCAGACAGAAGCCAUAUUGCUGUAAUGAAUGUGGUAAACAGUUUUCAGAUAAAGGCAAUCUUCAGAUACACACGAGAGUUCACACCGGAGAGAAAACAUGUUGCUGUAAUGAAUGUGGCAAACAGUUUUCACAUAAGGGCAAUCUUCAGAGACACACGAGAGUUCACACCGGAGAGAAGCCAUAUUGCUGUAAUGAAUGUGGUAAACAGUUUUCACGUAUGAGCAGUCUUCAGAUACACACAAGAGUUCACACCGGAGAGAAGCCAUAUUGCUGUAAUGAAUGUGGUAAACAGUUUUCACAUAAAGGCCAUCUUCAGAUACACACGAGAGUUCACACUGGAGAGAAGCCAUAUUGCUGUAAUCAAUGUGGCAAACAGUUUUCAGAAAUGAACAGUCUACGGAAACACACUAGAGUUCACACCGGAGAGAAGCCAUAUUGCUGUAAUGAAUGUGGUAAACAGUUUUCACAGACAAGCAAUCUGAAGGACCACAUGAGAGUUCACACUGGAGAGAAGCCAUAUUGCUGUAAUGAAUGUGGUAAACAGUUUUCACAGAUUAGCAAUCUUCAGAGUCACACUAGACUUCACACCGGAGAGAAGCCAUAUUGCUGUAAUGAAUGUGGUAAACAGUUUUCACAGAUAAGCAAUCUGAAGGACCACAUGAGAGUUCACACUCUAGAGAAGCCAUAUUACUGUAAUGAAUGUGGUAAACAGUUUUCACAGAGAGUCAGUCUACAGAGACACACGAGAGUUCACAACAGAAUAAAAACAGUAGCAGUUCAAAAAUCAGUCCAGAAAAACAAGAACCCUUCAGAACUCAAGAGUGAGGUUCAGUCAUGUCCUGAAAAGUAAGCAAACUAAACUAUUGUUGAGAAAUGAAUCUCAAAGAGAAGCCAUAUUGCUGUUUGGAAUGUGGCAAACAAAUCCGUCAGAGCAGUACACUUCAGAGAAGCACCAGAAUUCCCACCAGAGUGAAGUACAACUGAACUGUCCUGACUAAAGAGUGAGGUUCACUGCUGCCUGGACAGUAAGCACAUGUAACGACUCAAAUCCAUCCUACUUUGUGUUGUGUCAAAAACAAAUCAACAUGGAGGAGAAAUAGAAGUUUAUAUCCUUUUUCCUUUUCCAGAAACAAAAUAAAGAACAGGGCGUCAUACAAACGGCUUCUCACCAAAGCCCCUACAGCCUCCACCAUGCGCCUAACUCUGUUUUCAUAACAUACAUGUUACAUAUAGAUCUAUUUACAAUAUACUAUACACAUUUCAUCAGAAAAAAGAAAAAACACUUUACAAUAUACAUAAUCUCACACAAUAAGUAAUAGUUUAGCUUUAUAAUAUUCUACGUUUUGCUAUUUUAAUAUAAUAAAAAAUAAAAAAACUUACCUUUACAAAAACGA